CCACAACUCCUCUUUCUUUCAAUUCAAUUAGAACUCUAAUUAAUUAAUUAUUAUGUGGCCAAGGGAAGGCGGUGGUUAUUACAUCAAGGAUGAAACUGAACCGUUUGUCCACCAAGAGAGGCAAUUUGGAAUGCAUAAAAUAUAUCUGACGUUCCUUAGCGGUUUACCAGGUGUUUAUAAGAGGGAGAAGAUAAAAAUGGAAAUAGACAAAGAGAAGGGGAGAGUGAGUGUUGUAGGAGAAGAGAAAGUGGAGGGGAAGUAUAAAGAUGUGUGGCUUCGGUUCGAACGGGUUUUCGAAAUUCCAAAGGAUUGUGUAGACAUGGACAGAAUUUAUCUCGAUGACACACUUAUUUCUCCCGGAUCAUUCGCCAUCCUCACCAUUAACAUCCCAACUAAAUAUCACCCAACAGAAGAGAAGAAGAAGAAGAAGAAACCCUGCAGAAACCCACAGCAAUUGAUGAUGGUGGUGGAGAAGCGGCGGCGGCGGCGGCAGCCACUGAUGGGAGCAGCCCUGAGAAGCAUUCACUGUUGCCAGCUGAUGACUCGACAAGAGAUCAUGAAAACUGUGCCGCCGAUAAUAAGAGAGACAAGGCGGCGGCGCAACCAAUGCCGCCGCCACCGCUGACCCUCGGAAGUGGCCUGAUGAAUGCCUUUGUCGCUGUGCUUGUCAUUG